AUGAGUGGUGACAUUUCGGGUACUUCAAAUCAAAGUAAUAAUCAUGGAUCAACUAAUGAUCAACAGGAGGAUAUAAAUAUACCGUCUAAUGUAUCGACGCCACUUGUACAAUCAGAAAAUGCUUCAGAAAUUCAACAGUUUAAACCUCAACAACAAUUAGUGACCCCACCCGCAACUUCACAACCAAAUAAUACCACUACAAGUACAGAAUCUACGUCAUUAUUAAGACGAAUUCCUUCUACUACAUCAACCAAUUAUACUGAAGAUAAUUAUGAUUCAAUGAGUAUAUCUACUAAAAUUGUAAAUUUAGCAAAACGACCCAGUUUUAUUUGGAUUUCAUGUUUGGGAAUAAUUGCGAUUAUAAUUUUUAACUUAACUUUUUUACCUAGAACUUCAUUAGCUAGAGAUUAUAGAAGAUGGCAUGAUAUACAUCUAACUAAAUCAGAUGUAGAGAGAGAUUUUUUGCAAUUAACUUCUGUUUAUGAUAGUGAUAAUGAUAAUGAUAAUGAUAAUAAUAAAAAUAAUAACAAGCGUGGCAAGAAGAAGAAGAAGAAGAAGGAAGUAAAUAUUAAAGAUCUGAUUAAUUCAUUUUUAUUAAAUUUAACUGAUUUACAAAAUGAAUAUAAUUUAGUAGCCAGUGAUAACUUAAAAUUGACAAAUUAUAUACAAUCAAAUUUCAAAAAAAUGGGUUUGAAAACUGAGACUACAACUUAUUCCAUACAUGAUUCAAAACCAAUUAGCUCAAGUUUAAAAUUGUUGAAUAAAGAUGAAACAGUAUAUCAACCCAAAUUAUUUGAAAAUAAUUUUAAAACUCCUUCAUAUUUUUUAAAUGGCCAUAAUGGUAGUGUGAUAAAUGAGUAUGUUUAUGUUAAUGAAGGGUUACCAAAAGAUUACAACCUACUCAAGAAGAAAAAUAUCGAAAUUAAGGAUAAAAUAUUUAUUAUUUCAAAUGAUUUAGAUAAUAAAAAUAAUAUAACAAUUGGUGAAAAAUUAAAAUUGGCUGAAUUAAAUGGUGCUAGUGGAAUUCUUACAUAUUAUCAACUCAAUUCUAAUUUAAAUCAAGAUACAAAUUUAAAUUCUGUAAUAAGUAGAGAUUUCAAUAAUUUUAAUAUUUCAAUACCUGCUAUUCCAGUUAGUGAAAAAAUUAUAAAACCAAUACUUGAAACAUUAAGAAAUGAUGAAGAAUUUGAGAAUUGGUCAUUUCAUCCACGUACAAAUUCGAAUUUUAAACUUGAAAUAACUACAAUUUUUAAAAAUGAUUCAAGUAAAUUAACAAAUAUAAUAGGUACUAUAAAGGGUAUAAUGAACGAUGGAGAUAUUAUAGUUGGGACGAAUCGAGAUUCAUAUACGAAUAAUAAUCCAUUAUCGGGACAUGUCAUUAUGCUUGAAAUAAUUCGAAGUUUUAAUUUGUUAGUAAAACUUGGAUGGAAACCAUUAAGGAAUAUUAAAUUUGUAUCUUGGGAUGGUUCAAAUAUGGACUCUUUAGGUUUGAAAAUGUAUUCUAAUAUAUCUUCCAAUUUUAAAAAACCAAUUUUAUCAUAUAUAAAUAUUGAUCAAGAUGCAAUUAUUGGUUCUCAUUUUCAAAUUACUGCCAAUUCAAUAUUUAAUCAUGUGUUAAAAAAAACAACCAAGUUCAUUCCGUUUAAAAAUGAUUCAUUUACAUUAUUUCAAUACUGGAAUAAACAAGAUAAUUUAACAAUUGAAAAUAAUUUAGGAUUACCAUUAUUAUUUAGUACUGAUUCAUUAGUAUUCCAACAUCAUUUAAAUACUCCAAUUAUAAAUGUUAAAUUUUCAAAUGAUCAAAAGAGAGAUAAUUCAAUAUACUUGCCUAAUUCAAAUUAUUAUAAUUAUAAUUGGUUAUUGAAACAACCUGGGAUCGAUGAUGAAUUAGAUUUACAUGCAACAUUAAUUAGAUAUCUUGGAUUAUUAGUUAUUUCAUUGAGUGAACAUGAAGUUGUAGAUUAUAAAACAGAACCAUAUUUUAAACAAGCAGAACAAUACUACAAAGAUUUUCUAACAUGUGAAGGAGACAAUUUAUCUAGUUGGUCAAAUAAUACAAUUCCAAAUUAUUUAAUUUAUAAAUCUUCAAUUUUUCAGGAUUUGGAUACUAAUGAACCAGUCAAAUUUGAUCAAAUUGUCCAACAAUUAUCUAAUUUUUUAAAUGAGACUACUUAUCAAUCUAAAAUUUUCGAUGAUUGGAAUAUUAAUGUAGAAAAUGGUUUAAUUAAGGAUUAUCCAUGGUAUUUAUAUUACAAGAAAUUACAACAUUUUGCACAAUUUAAAGUAUCAAAUUAUAAAUUAUUACAUUUCGAAAAAGAUUUAAAAUUAAAUGAUAAAGAUUAUAUAUAUUUAAAUUUAAAUGAAGAUGGAAGUAGUACAACUGGUAAUGAAUUAUUUUAUGAUUCAAUAAUUUUCAAUACUCCAGAUUUAAAAAAUAAUGAAGAGUUUUUCAAGGAUCGAUUUUUGAAAUCUACAUUUGGAAAUUUAUAUAAGGCUAUUGAUGAUGAAAAUUUUGAAAUGAGUGUUAAAUGGAUUGUUUUAAUUUAUGAAAAGAUUAAAAAUUUAGAGUAUAAAAUGACAUGA